AUGGGCCAGGAGACGGCCGUACUGCGGGGGAUCCAGGCCCCGGCCAUCCGGGCUACCCAGGACGGGUCGAGCCCGGUGGUAGCAGUUAUGCGGACAGGAGGCGGUAAGAGUAUGCUAUUUAUGCUGCCCGCGUUCGUGGAGCCCGGGGGUACGACAAUUGUCGUCGUUCCGCUGGUCGCACUGCGGCAGGACAUGAUGUCGCGAUGCCGGGCACUAAGCAUUCCAUGUGUGGCGUGGGAGAGCCGGCGGCCGCCCGACGAGGCAACCAUUGUGCUAGUUACGCCCGAAUCAGCUGUUACCGACGAUUUCCAGACGUUUAUUAACCGGCUGCGGCAGAUACGACGGCUAGACCGUAUCGUGAUUGACGAGUGCCACACGGUAUUAAAUAACCAGCGCGAUUUCCGGCCAGAGUUGCGGCAACUAGGACAGUUAAAUUACGCCCGCACGCAGAUAGUAUUAUUGACGGCUACGUUACUGCCGCAGCUGGAGCCCACGUUAUGGCAGCAGAUAGGAUAUUUGCCGGACUUCGUGCAUUUGUUCCGGGAUCGCACCAGCCGGUCCAAUGUCGCAUACCGGAUCUGGGAGCCCGACGUCCCGCGCCGGACGGGAUCCGCGUGGGUGACUAGCGAGCCGGUAGUCACAUUCAUCCGGGAACGGAUUCAGCAGGCACAGGGUGGGCGGGUCAUAAUAUACGGGUCCGUGGUAAAUCAGGUCGUUGCCGUGGCGGGCGAGCUGGCAUGUGAGGCAUUUUACAGCGCGCAAAUUGAUAAAUCGUCCAUUUUGCAGCGGUUUAUCGAGGGCCCGAGCCGGGUGAUCGUCGCCACUAGCGCACUGGGGAUGGGAGUAGACAUUCCCGACAUCCGGAGUAUCAUUCACCUGGGCAGACCGCGGUCAUUGCUGGAGUACGCGCAGGAGAGCGGACGGGCCGGCCGGGAUGGGCAAACCAGCGAGGCCAUUAUCAUUCAGCCGGCUAGAUGGGGCCACCCCGGACCCGAUAUAUCAACCGAUAUUGCCGCUGACCAGGAGCUGGUCGACCAGUACAUGGAGGUUGAACCCGGGGUCGGAUGCCGACGAUAUGUUUUAGACGGAUACAUGGAUGAGACGGUAGACGGGUACAGCCGGCGGUAUUGCCAGGAUUCCGAUGUCCACGAGAUCGCGUGUGAUGGAUGUGAUCCCGAUUGGAUGGCACAGGAGUCCAUGGUCAGCGUAUCCCCAUCCCCCGGUCCAUUGGCCAGCCAGGAAGCGAGCCACCCGGAUUGGAUGGUACAUGAGUCCGUGGUCAGCGUAUCCUCAUCCCCCGGUCCAUUAGCCAGCCAGGAAGCCAGCCAGGAGGCCAGCCAUCAGGUCAGCCAGGAGGCCAGCCAUCAGGUCAGCCAGGAGGUCAGCCAUCAGAUCAGCCAUUUCAACACCGGGUCCCCCAGCCCGUCCGCCAGUGAAGCAUCCGGUGACUCGUUUGUUACCCAGCUCCAGCAUCCAUCGCCCAUCCCGUCCGCAAGCCCCCCAUCGGGUCCAUCAGAUCCCAAUCAGCCACCCCGUGCGAAACGCCGCCGGACCGACAGCAUCGAGCCCCCGCCCCCCACCGAGCCGCCCACGGUAGAUGUCGUCGAGCGCCAGCGCCAGCGGGUGCAGGCCCAGCGCCAGGCCGCCCCGCACGUCACCCGCCAGGCCAUCGACGCGCAGCAGUGGCUGGAUGAGGAGAUUAUCGAGCGGGAGGUGCCCCCGUGGCAGCGGCGGUGUUACAUAUGUACGCUAGGAGGGCACGAUCGGUACGAACACGAGCUGUAUUUUUGCCGCAAUCCGGAGGCCACACGGGCCCAGGCGUGGAUGCAGGCCGUCCGCAGCCAGCGGAUCCGAUAUGCCCCGUAUUCGGCGUGUUUCCGCUGUGGGAUGCCGCAGACCAUUUGCCGCCAGUGGGACCAGAGCGUACCCCGGCGGGGAGAUUGCGUAUAUAAGGAUAUAUUGGUUCCCAUGACGGCAAUGAUGUUGUUCGGACCGUGGUACGACCAGAUCCAGCCGUUGUGGCAGCGGCGCUUGCGGCAACACGAGAUAGAUAGCGAAGAUAUCGGGCAGGUAGUGCGGUUUUUCGGGCAGGCCACCGACGGAGCCCGGGGGCAACACAGCCAGUUGUUCCAUACAUUUUGUUGGUUGUGGCAGAUUUGCAAGGAAUUGGAGGGCAUCCACUGCACACCCGGAAUCCGGCAGUUUAUCAGUUAG